GGGAAAGCUUUGCCUCCUACUUUUUUUUUUUAGUUGGGACCUAGGAGAAAAAAAAUCUCGCAAGGGUCGUGGGGCGGAAUGAAAUAGCAAGCAGAGUUCGAACGCUUAUCAUGCUUCAUGUUGCUCUUCGGUCAUCUAAAAUGCAAGUGGGCGUGCUUUCGCACUGGAAUUAACGCAGGCGAUUCGGUGGUGUAGUGUGUGUGACCCUCCAUCACUCCCAGCAUGCUGAGUUUCCUGCGCAGGACAUUGGGGCGACGCUCCAUCCGCAAACAUGCUGAAAAAACGCGGCUACGGGAGGCCCAGCGUGCUACAACGCACAUCCCAGCUGCUGGAGAUGCCAAGUCCAUCAUCACUUGCCGAGUCUCCUUGUUGGACGGGACAGAUGUCAGCGUCGACCUGCCGAAAAAAGCCAAAGGUGAGGAGCUGUUUGACCAGAUCAUGUAUCAUCUGGACAUAGUAGAAAAAGACUACUUUGGACUACGCUUCAUGGACUCUGCACAAGUUCCGCACUGGCUUGAUGUUACAAAAAGUAUAAAAAAGCAAGUGAAAAUUGGCCCGCCAUACUGCCUUCACUUGAGAGUUAAGUUCUACUCCUCCGAGCCAAACAACCUGCACGAGGAGCUUACCAGAUACCUUUUUGUGUUGCAGUUGAAACAAGAUAUCCUCAGUGGAAAGCUAGAAUGCCCAUUUGAGACAGCAGUGGAAUUGGCUGCCUUCUCACUACAGGCGGAACUAGGUGAUUGUGACCCACUAGAACACAGUCUGGACCUUGUAUCAGAAUUCAGAUUUAUCCCCGAACAGACUGAGGAUGUGGAACUGGCUAUAUACAACAUGUGGAAGGAGUGCAGAGGUCAAACACCGGCACAGGCUGAGAUCAACUACUUGAAUAAAGCAAAAUGGCUGGAAAUGUAUGGUGUGGACAUGCAUAUGGUUCAGGCACGAGAUGGUAAUGAGUACAGUCUGGGUUUGACACCCACUGGUGUUUUGGUGUUUGAGGGACAAACCAAGAUUGGCCUCUUUUUCUGGCCAAAGAUCACUCGCCUGGAUUUCAAAAAGAGCAAGCUGACUCUGGUGGUUGUGGAGGAUGAUGACCAGGGCAAAGAGCAGGAGCAUACCUUUGUCUUCAGAAUGGACCACCCGAAGGCCUGUAAGCACCUCUGGAAGUGUGCUGUGGAACAUCAUGCCUUCUUCCGGCUGAGGGGGCCAGUACAAAAGAAUUCUGCACGCUCCGGCUUCAUCCGCAUGGGAUCACGCUUCAGAUAUAGUGGAAACACAGAGUACCAGACAACAAAGUCCAAUAAAGCCCGCCGCUCAGCCUCCUUUGAGAGGCGGCCUAGUCGACGCUACUCUAGAAGAACAAUGCACAACAGAGGACCCUUCCACCCUCAGGAGGUUCUUUCAUCGGGCAAUGGAGUCAACUCCAGCAAAGACAAGCAUGUCAGUCGAGGCGCCUGGUCGGGUGCACCGGUUGUGACCGUUGCGCCUGCUUCUGUUUGUGGUCCGUUGGAAAUAGAGCCUCUUCCCAGAAGUCCUGGAGGGGAAAAGAGAAGUUUGCCCCUGGCUGGUGACCUGAUCGAGACGUGCAUUGAUGAUGUCCUCAGGACUCCUGCACCUCCCGCCGCACCCACUGCAAAGGCUGUUGAGGACGCGGGUCCAAGUAUGGUCUAUUCCCCUUCUGGUGCCACUGGCGAAGAAUUACUCAGCCUCACCGAAACAGCAGCACGUCUCAAGCAGCUGGAGUUGGAGAGCAGUCCGCGUUUGACCAGGAAUAAUGUCAACAUCAAUAUGGUCAUGAAUAAUCAGGAGGACAUUGUGAAGCUCAGAGAGAAAUGCUGUCUGAACAGUGCAGGAAGUAGUCCUGUUGUCACACCACUGCGAACUCCAGGCGACCUGAAGAGUAACAUCCUCAAAGCGCAAGCUGAGGCCGCAACGCUCAAGGUUGGUUUGGAGGAACAUGUCACAAUGAUGGGAGAUAAGAACUGCAAUCUGCAGGAAACCUCCUUCAGGUUGAAGUCAAGCACCAGCCGAAUGGGCAGUAGUAACUCAUCUCUGUCUGUUAGCAGUCGCCCUGACAUUCAAGACUCAUGGGAGCUGCUCAAGUCUUGUUCGAUGGUCUCAUCAGCAGGCACCAGCGCUGAGAGGUUAGCUGAAGAUUUAAACACUCUUCCACUCAAGUUGUCCUCAGAUCCCGUUGUUGAAGGCACCACACUCAAGGUUAAGGGAGAGGAAGUUGAUGUUCCAAACACGACCCCACCUCUGCCUGAUAAUUUGAUUGACUUCACUGACCCAAUCCCUACUUUGCCACCUGUGCAGUCACCAAAAGUUUCUAUCACCCCUCGCUGGAUCAUUCCUACAGCUGCUCCUCCUGGUAUCUUUACUAACGGCCUGCUCGACCUUGAGCCCCCUACUAAGGUCGACGCUUUUCCCCCCGCGGAUGGGGGUGCCGUUCUCACCUCAGCCCUCCCUUACGCCGCUCACACAUUUCACAGCAACUCAGUGAGCAUUAUGGGUCAGCAGGCAGCCUCGGAGGAUGGAGUCACACCCAGAGGUCUCUUGACCACUGAGCUCUAACAGCCACAAAGGAGCUGGGCCAGCAACAUAGCAUGCAGUUUCAAGUAACAACACACUCACAUUAACAAACUAUCAGACUGGAUUGGGAGAAAAAGUGUUUUCAUCAUAACCGCACAUAAGGCUUAGUUUGAGUUAAAAAAACCCCCACUGUGGUCCAUCAUCCAAGUAACGGUUGGUUCCAUCCAUUUUGAUCCGGACAAGCAUCAAACGGUCUGACUUUUUUAUUUUUUAUUUGUGCGACAUCUUUAUUUUCACGUAAUGCAUUCCCCUGGACUGAAGUUGCACUGACUGUUGGAGUAUACGUUGAACUGUAAAUGGAAGAAAGACAAUCAGCAUGUUAUUUGAAGCGAGAACAACUUGACUUUUUGAUAUCUGGAAAUAUGAUUCUAUACAUUCCUUGAGCUGCCAUUUGGAUUUUUUUGUUCUCAAGUGUCACUGGAUUACUUUUGCGCUACUGGAGCAUUUGACACGAGCAUGGAUGAGGAUCAUGCUUACAGAUUUUUUUUUAAUAACCUUUUUUUGGUCUCGGUUUUUAAUAUGCUGUAUCACACUGUUUGUACAUCGUGGUAUCAACAUUGCGCUCUCGUUUGACCCUGAAUGAUAAACCCAACCAACCCAAUAAUGUGAGGUUUUAUUGUUUUGACUGAAUGUGAUACUGUCCAUGAUAUCCCCUUGGAUUUCCAUUUUUUGUUGUCAAUUAAUUUUUAAUUUUAUUUUUCUUAAUUGAGGAAUGUAAUUUGUCAGUCGCGUUGAGCUGUAAAAUGUGAACCCUGCUCUCCGGAGGACAUGUUGGAGUUUCACAGAACAAAUUGCAGAUAUGCGUGAAAAUGUAGUUGGGGGGGAAAAAAGAAUGCUAUAUUAGUGUCUCAAUUUGAAACUGUUCUACAUUUCACCCAAAAUAAUAAUUUUCAAAAGACUGCUCAGUUUUUCUUGCUUUGUUAAACAGGGUUCCCACGUGUCCUUAAAGUUAACAAAAAUCCAUUUAAAAAGUUGUAAAAUUAUGUUAUUAAUUGUCCUUAAUUUUCAGAGAAAGCUUCUAAAAUCCUUAAAAUUUAACCUGUGGUGUUCAUUUAAAUUGUGUAUGUCAUUUCCCUCACCCUUCCAAUGAAUAGCUUUAUCGGAGAAUGCGCCUGGCGCCCUUUCCCUCAAACCCCGCUGUUGGGCUACAUGCCUUCCAGGUUCCCGACCUGCUUCUCCCGCCAUCUCCGAUCAGUUCCGAUGAUGAUCACGUGAUCAUCAUCGGGUCAUUUUGGGCCAAUUUUAAGAUAAGAUAAGAUAUCCUUUAUUUGUCCCACAAUGGGGAAAUUUACAGCCUCCAGCAGCAAGAAUGUAGGUAGAAAGAAGAAAGAAGAAAAAAAACCCCAACAACAACAACAACAACAACAUACAGUAUGUCAAAUAAAAGGUUAGCUGAUUGCCCCUAAAAUAAAGAUGUGCCUUUCCUUUGGCAACAAUGAUUUGAACACCAGCUCAGUGAUAUGUGGCUUUCUGUUCAUUAAAUCCACCAUGAAUCCCCUGCUGAAUGGAGAAAAACUCCUUUUUAAAAAAUCGCUAAAUUAGCCCUCAAAAGUCCUUAAAAGGUCCAGAAAUGAAAAGCAUGUGGAAGAGUGGGAACUCUGUCUAAUUGGAGUGGAUAUUUUGCUCUGGCUUGUUCAUGUUAUCUUGUUCACUUUGCCCUCUUGUGGAAACUCUAACGAUCUGUUCUGAAAAUGUGCACGAAGCCCCGCCCCUCCAUUGCUGAUCGUUUUACGUGGCGAAUCUCUUAAGUGUUAUAUUGUACUUGCGAAUUGAAGAUUGUAUUCUAUAUUUUUGGACUAUAUUAAUGGCACAUUGAUUCUUAAAUAGUGAUUUUUUUUUUUAGGUUUUUAUUUACGACCCCUCCCAUCAUUGUGAUGGUGUCAUUUAUAAUGGAAGCUAACUGUUGUCCCAAUCAGUGCUGUUAUUUAUGCGACUGUUCAGUGUUCACAUAAUGCGUGUCCACGCGUGUGAUUACGUCACAGUUGUGUGAAGUAUUCAGCUGGCUGUGAAUGCAGGAUGAUACGUUUAUCAUUUGACCGUGGAAGUAUUGUUAGCGUGUUCACAAAGGACAAUAACAGCAUUAAAGUCAUUAAAACUGUACAAACAAAAUGAAAAACAAUGCCUGUUGUGAUGCUAUUCUUAGGAACUUGAUCACGGUUCAGUAAAGCUUUCCUAAAGGUCAGUAAUUACUUAUCUAUUUAUUUAUUUUUUAAGUAUCUUGAAACAUUUCGGAAGUGGUUAAAUGUGAUUUAAAAUGGUUAAUUCCUUUCUCAUAAUACGGUGAAUCAGUACAA